AUGUCUACUACAUAUGUACCAGAUACAACCACUGGACAAGAAAGCCUUUCGUUACCGGAAGGGGAGAAAAAGAAAAGACAAGCUUCGAGCACCGCAGCUCAAGCAUUCGCCAAGUAUAGUAUUGCGUUCAGCGACCUUCCAAUCCCAACCAAAGUCCCCGAGACCCGAUCGAUCGAUAACCCACGUCUUGAGACUCAGGCCGAUGUUUCCCGCCCCGUCAGAGACGCCGAGAUCUGCGAAUGGGCAUCGGGUGGGCGGGAAGGGCGUCGAAACCAUGCGACGGAAGACCGUGCGAGCCGCGCCGAGGCUCGGACCACUCUAAGCGACUACGUCAACAAAGCCAAGCGAAAAUCAGCACAGCCUCCUCGCCCAGUCUCCGGCGACUACAGAGACAGAGGUACAGUAGAGACACGCAGCGGUAAGUGCCCUGCGGCGUGGGCAUCGCUCGUCUCCGAGCCGUCAGCCAUGCUCAUUGACAGAUCCGUGUCCUCGUCUCACCGUAACGACGAUGCCAGAGCCGCGAUCCGGGUGUCGCGUACCCUGCGGCGCCGCACACCCCUUGCCGAACUGGCCGAACCACUGCUCUUCCGCGGCCUUCGGGCAAUCCGACAUGUCUUCCGGGGCAGCACAGGACGCCACCCCGGAAGUCCGGGCGGAGGUCCGGGACGUCCGUUACCACGCCGACACGACUCAGCCCGCCACAGGACGUGUUGUGUUCCCGUUCGAGCGCGACAGGAAUCCGGCGGCGCACCCGAUGGUGGGCCAAGGAGUCCAGCGGGGCUCGUAGGGAGAACGGGGGAAAUUGACGAGUUGCGUUUGCGAGCGCGACGGCGAAGAUGGCGUUGCGGGGUGUUCUUGUUCCUGUUCCUGGGGGUAAUCGAUCGGAACUUGGUGGAUUGUAUGUACAGGCGUGCUGCCCAAGGGGACCAGUCCAGUGUCAAGAGGGAGAUGGAGGGGAUGGCUAUCAAUGCAAUGAGCAGGUCGGGUGCGGUAGAUGUGGGCCGCCCGGGUGGGAUUCGGGUUCUGAUAUCUGACGUUGAAGUGAGUCUUGGGAUUGGGUAA